AUGAGUCCAGACGAAGAGAAAUCGAUGAUGGGAGAGGUGAAACUUCUGCAGAAGAUGCAUCAUCCGAUGAUAAUCGGCUACUAUGACUACUUCGUAUUUGAGAAUCAGCUCGCUAUUGUUAUGCAAUACGCUGAGGGUGGCACUAUGGAACGGCUUGUGCAAGAUCAGAAAGGAGUCAACUUUCCCGAGUCGCAAGUGCUGAAUUACUUUACUCAGAUUCUUAUCGCUCUUAACCAUAUUCACUCGAAAUCGAUCGUUCACAGAGAUCUCAAAACGCAGAAUAUCCUUUUGAACAGGAAGAAAACGCUUGUUAAACUGUCUGAUUUUGGAAUUUCCAAGGAGCUCACCACAAGAAGCCUUGCAUCGACAGUCAUCGGCACUCCCAAUUACCUCAGCCCGGAGAUUUGUGAAGGUUAA